AUGGCUUCGCAGUUCUACGUCGUCGCUGGAAUCUUGGGCAUAGUGUCAGGAUGGAAGAAGAAUUCCGGAGUGGCUAUCGGCUACAUGGUCAUGUCCAUCUUGGCUAGUUUGGCGACGUGCUGCGUCAUUGGUUUUGGUGCCGCCAGGAUGGCACUCAUCAAUCAAGUCUGUCAUCCAAUUUAUACGCGUUAUCGUUAUUACUACACUUAUGGCUAUCUUCGCCAGAGGGUCUCGUACUAUGACUACCCUCCUUCAUUCUGUUAUUUGCAGGCGGCCAUCAAUGGUGUUUAUGCUAUACUGAUACUUCUCGCCUUAGUGGAGUUUGUUGUCGCCAUCGUUGGUGCCAGCAUGACCUGUGGUCCCCUCUGCAGUGGUGGAUCAACAACUCAGACUGUGAUCCAAUACCAAGCUCAACCACACCUGGUGGUUGCCACACAA